AUGUUUAAACAAAAUCAAAGUCAUUAUAAAAUCACGUCAAAACAACCUUCAAGAUCUGCUUCAAGAGGUCCAAAUGCUGAUGAUGAUUUAGAUGGGUUAUUAAGUGAUGUUAAUUUUGGUAAUUUGGAUGAAUUGAUUAGUUUAAGAUUAAGUACAUUGCUGAAUGAUGAUGAUGAUGCAAAAUCAUCAAGUGGUGGUACUACUAAUAAUACCUCAGACCAAGCUAAAGGUUCUACAAUUAAAUUUAAAUUAAAUUCGAUACCUGAAAUUAUUAAAACUUUACAAAAAUCAAGAAAUGAAGUUUCUUCACAAGAUCGUGAAUUAUUAUUAAAUCAAUUGUAUUAUUUAAUUAUUAAAAAACCAAAUUUAGAUCAAGAAUAUGAUGAUGUUGAUUAUGAAACUGAUUUAAUUAAUCUUUAUAAAAUUUUACAAUCUUCAAAAUCAAACGAAUUAAUCCUUGCUAUAAGAGCUAUAACUGCUUUUAUUAUAACAAAUAUUGAUAAUGCAGGAAUCUUAUAUAGUGAAGAUAAAUCUCUUAGUAUUUUGGAUUAUUUAGAAAAAAAAAUUAUUGAUUUAAAUUUAUCAAUUUCAACAAGACAAUAUUUAAUUUAUUCUUAUACUGCAUUAACUUUAGUUAUAUUUGAUGGUUCUGGUGGUUAUGGAGUGGAAAGUUCAUUAGAUUUUCUAUUAGAAACUUUAUUAGGUAUUACAAAUAAUACUGCAUCAAAUGAUUUACAAUCAAAUAUUCCAAUUAUUUCAAGUAUUAUUUAUGGAUUAGGUUCAUUAUUAACUUUAUUAUCAGAAAAUGCAAAUUUAAAUGAAAUUAUUGAAAAUUUAUUACAAUCAAGUUCAAAUUUAUUAACUGAUUAUGAUAUUUUAGAAAUUAAUAAACCAAUGUCUAUGUUAUUUGGUCUUUGUUAUGAGAUUUUUGAUUAUAAUGAUUCAAUUGGUGAUAAAAUUGAUGAUGAUGAUGAUGAUGAAAGUGAACAAUAUAAUUCACCAUAUGAUAAUACAUAUGAAAUUAAGACAAGAUUAGAAGAAUUAAUUAAAUCUAAUACCAAAAAAUUAUCUAAAAAGGAUAAAAAAGAAGGUCGUUCAGUAUUUAGAGAUGUUCAAACAACAAUAAAUUUUUAUUCAAAUAAAGAAUCAAGAUUAUUAAAAUUAUCAUCUAAAAAGUCAGAUCAAGAUGAUUAUCAAAUUCAAGAUGAAUUAGUUUUAAGUCAUUUAAAAUUAAGUAAAUCAAGAUCAUUAGCAAUUAAAUCAUGGUUUGCAUUUUUUAGAUUAAUUCAAUUAAAAUGGGUAUUUGGUUCAGGUUUACAUAAUCAAUUGGCAAAUAAUUCAAGAAUUGGUUCAAUUAUUAGAGAUAAACCAAAUAAUGAUUAUGCAAAUAAAUUUAAUGAUGAAUUAUCUGGAGGUGAUGAUGAUGGAGAAUAUUGGAAUGAUUCAAGAACAAAUAAAUUAACUCAUAAAAAAUUAGAUCAAGCUAUUGAUCAUAGAAGAAAAGUUAAAAUGAAUGUUGGUUUAGAACAACAAGGUAUGUUGGAUUGA